GAGCAGGCCGUGAAUUUCGUAUAGAUCGAAAAUGUAUCUCGUCCUGCUUCAAAUCCCACUCUCAGUAGUAGGAAAUAUAAUUUUACUGCUGUAUCGCCGUGUGGCAUUGCGAAUGCUCGGAAAACUAAAGACGCGCGUGGACAUGUGGAAAGUGCAGGCUGUGGUGGUGCAGCUCCUGCUGCUCGGCUGCCUGCUGCGCCUCUACUUCGAGGGACGUCCGCUGUCCAACCUGAAGCCCCAGCAGAAGAUUCCGGAGUUGGGAAUCGGUCCGCCGGCGAGUCGUCUGGUGGUUUUCCUCACCGAUGGCCUGAGCGCCGAGUCGUUCUUCGCGGACAACUGCAGCUCUGUGCCGCACCUGCGGGAGGUGUUUGCGAGGCAAGGCCUCGUGGGAAUAUCCCGAGGCAGUGUGCCCACCCUCGCACGCUCAGGACAGACUGCCAUCUUUGGUGGCUUCCACGAGAGUCCACCGCUGCUCCGCACUGGCUUCCAAUGGAACCCGCCGACACUCGACACUGUCUUCAAUCGCAGCAAGACUGCCUUGUGCUGGAUAGAGCGCCAGACGAAUAUGUUCGCGAGGAAAUUAACGCGCGGAAUGUUCCAGGACCACAGCGCAGGUCCCAAGCCAAUGGAGCCUUGGGCCCUUCUUCAGCUUCGCUCAUACCUGUCCAUCAAUUCCACGGUCGACCAACUGCGAAGUGAGACGUCCCUGAUAUUCCUCGUUUAUCUGGGAAACAUCGCUGCGGAGAGCCCCCUGAGCCAGCGGUAUCGAGAGAGGCUUCAUGCUGCCCAGCGCGGCAUCCGCGAAGCCUAUGACCUGAUCGAGAGCGCCUUCGACGACAACCGCACUGCAUAUCUGAUGACGUCGAGCCAUGGGAUAAGCCGCAUGGGCUCCAAUGGGGCUGGAUCCAGUGCUGAAACCGAAACGCCCUUCUUCCUCUGGGGCUCGGGAGUUGCCCAAAAUGGCAACCACAACGGGGCUCUGCCACAGCACCGGCCCCGCAUCGAGCUGCAGCAGAUUCAACUGGCGGCCAUCAUCUCUGCGUUGAUCGGUGAGCCGCCGCCAGUGAACAAUUUGGGUAGGCUGCCAUCGGGGUUCUUGGACGUGUCCAUGGAGCAGGAGGCGCAGGCAUCUCACUUGAAUGCGCUGCAACUACUGGCCCAGGCGCAGCUCCUGAUGCGCCACCACAAGAACGCUUUCUUCUACAAGUUUCUGCCGCAGUACAAACACCUGGACCAAAACCGUAUCGAGAGCCUACGCCUCGAAAUGGAUCGACAGGUGCGGCUGGGCAUAUGGCAGGAGACUCUGCAGACGAUCGACAAGGCUGCGACACUGGCGCAGGAGAGCCUAAGGUACUACCACAGCUACCAUCGCAUUCCGCUGCUGCUUGCCACGAUGGCUGGACUCUUGGGAUGGAUUUACUGUCUGCUGGGCCAAGGGUCCAAGCAGCAGUCCGGGAGCCAGUCCAGUGAGCCGCCAGAGAGCGUCGAACUUGUCUCGUGGACUACUGUGAUGCUCGGCGCACUGGGUGUGCUGUUCAGCGUGGUGAUUCUCCUGCAGAAGAUGCCCUUGCUGACGGGCUUCUGCAUGUUGCUGCCCAUCUACAUCUGGUGCAUGGCCCUGGCCGGACGACCGUGCAUUCGAUACGGCCUGCUGCACCUCAAGUGGAUCCUCGUCUCCACUGUGUGCCUCAUCGUUCCCAUUUACCGGAGGGACUUCCUCUGCCUUCUGUAUGUGGGAAUCGUGUGCAUCUACAAUCGUCGCCAGUUCAAGAAGUUCUCUCCGAGAUUCCUGGCAUGGAUGGGACUGGUCUGCAGCCUCAGCGCCCUUCUCUUUUACCUGCAGUACCCAUCGACCCUCGCGCUGACAAUCCAAUAUGGAAUGUACUUGCAGGGAGCGAGCAUGGCCCUGGCGAUUCUGCGUCCCCUGAUCUCCGGCGAGGAGCAUGGCGCAGCAGUGUGGAUCGUCAACGCGGGCGUGUUGCUGAUCGGUGGCUAUGGAAUGUAUCUGAGGGAUACCGGAGAGUCUCUGCCGCUCCUUCUGCACGCUGUUUGCUGGACGCACCUCAUCUACGCCUUUGGAUCGGUGCCUUACGGCAAGCGAUUGACUCCGGAACGACGCCUCGAGCGAAUCUGCUUCAACCUGACGACCCUACACACGCUGCUCAGCGAUUCGUUCGCCUCCCUCUUCGCCCAGGUGCUGCUCAUCGAAUAUCAGAUGGGGAUCGAAGUCCACCUAGAGACGCACCGAGAGCAGCCUCGCAGUCUGGAACAGAUACAAAUGGAAGAAGAUGCGAUAGAGGAGCAGAACGAGCCGAAGACUGUGUGUCCGCAGGAGAACCUGGCUCGCGCCUACAGCUUUUCCAUCUGUACUCUGCUCUACUUCCUCCUCUCGCUGCACGGCACCGGCCACUGGCUCUCCAGCUUCACCUUUGCCCCGUCCACUGCACGACUCUUCGCGAAGGACUGCUGCUACGGCUUCACUGCGUUCUUUGUCCUCUUGAAGAUCCACAUCCCGUCCAUCGUAAUCUUGUCCAGCAUGUAUGCCCGCAGCAAAUACGCGCGCCAGAAUAUCCGCUCAAUCUUCAUCUGCCUGAUGCUCACCUGCAACGCCGGACUAUGUUUGUUCCUGUUCGUCAACCAUGAUCGCUUCUGGCCUGCGUCCCAUCCAUCUGUGGUGCAUGUCAUCCUGAUCAGCACUGCUGUCGUCUUUCUCCUCCUGUGCUCCUGUGUGGCGAGCGUGUUCUUCCGAGGAUCUCUGCAGGUUAGGCCUACCCCCUGCCUCAUCCUCCAAGCGUGGCAAAGAAUGGUCAUCGUCUGAGAGCGAUGAGCAAACUAAUGUUUAGUCAACACUGAGCCCUGA